GGGCUUAAUCAAUCCUUCCAAUUUGCGUCAAAAAACAUUUAGUUACUCUUCACCCAACGCACUUUCACAUGAUGUAGUAUGAAUGUAUGAUAAAUUCCAAAGAGAAAAAUCCACAAAACAUUAGACGCCAAAGACUUUUCAAGCUUCACCAAAAUUUCUUCUCUUUCCUAACUCCUCAACCUCCAACUAACUCACUCUGAUGCCAACCAAAAAAAGAUAAGAACACAAACUACUCAUCCACAAAAUGACAAAAUUGCCCUUUCCCUCCCUAAAUUUCCCGCCUCUUUUGUUCUACCUCCUCCUUAUUUCCCUACCCUUUUUCGUAAUUUCUCAAUCUCUCUCUUCUGACCAAGAUAUCCUAUUGAAAGUCAAAGAACAAUGGGGCAAUCAACCUCCAAUGGAUUCAUGGAGUGCCACCACCCCUGUUUGUUCUUGGACUGGAAUCAAUUGCACUGGUGGCGAAACCGUCACCGGAAUCUCCUUCAAUAGCCAGAACAUCGGUGGCGAAAUCCCACCGUCUAUUUGUGAACUCAAAAACCUCACCAUUCUUGAUCUUGGAAACAAUAGUAUUCCAGGGAAUUUCCCCACAUUUUUAUACAAUUGUACCAAGCUCAAAACUUUGAUCUUAUCUUCAAAUUAUUUUGUUGGGAAUUUACCUAAUGAUAUAAAUAAACUUUCUCCUAAUAUCCAACACAUUGACUUUAGUGCCAAUAACUUCACUGAUGAUAUCCCAACAUCAUUAGCUCAACUCAAAGAGUUGAUCACUUUGCAUUUGGAUUCCAACUUGUUCAAUGGUACAUUCCCUUCUGAAUUAGGUAACUUGGAGAAUCUUGAGGAAUUGGUGUUAGCUUACAAUUCAUUUUCACAUAUGAAGUUACCCAAAGAAUUUGGGAUGCUUAAGAAUUUGAAGUUUCUUUGGAUGACUCAAUGUAAUUUGAUUGGUGAAAUUCCAAAGGAAUUUGCUAAUCUAACUAGCCUUGAGCAUUUAGACUUGGUGGAGAAUGAUUUGGUGGGUGAAAUCCCAAGUGGGUUGUUUUUGUUCAAGAAUUUGACACUUCUAUACUUGUACAAAAAUAGGCUUUCAGGGGGAAUUCCAUCCUCGAUUGAGGCCUUAAAUUUGGUAGAACUCGAUCUUUCGCAGAACGAAUUGACAGGAAUAAUCCCUGAAGACAUUGGAAAGCUGCAAGAGUUACAGGUCUUAAAUUUGUUCCAAAACAAAUUCCAUGGAACGUUACCUACAAGUAUAGGCUUGCUUCCUUCCUUGAGGGAAUUCAAGAUAUUCAGCAACCGGUUUUCAGGUCCACUUCCUCCUGAACUAGGCCUACACUCGAAGCUCAUACGCUUCGAGGUUCCAAACAAUGCAUUCACUGGCCAACUGCCGGAGAAUCUUUGUUCAGGCGGGACGUUGUUGGGUUUGGUUGCUUUCAAUAACUAUCUUAAUGGGACAAUCCCAAGUUCCUUAAGCCAAUGCAACUCUUUGCUUAUAAUUUCAGUCUACAAUAAUAGUUUGUCAGGUGAAGUUCCUGAAGGGGUGUGGACUUUGCAGGAUAUGAUGGUCAUGCAACUUAGUAGCAACCAAUUUUCAGGCCAACUUCCUGAUAAAUUGGCUUGGAACUUGAGUCGUGUCGAAUUGAGCAACAAUAAGUUUUCCGGGAAGAUUCCAAUAAGUGUAAACUCAUGGAAAAAUUUACAGGAAUUUCAAGCAAGCAACAACUUGAUCACAGGUACUGUUCCAUUGGAAUUAACAAGCCUUUCACGCCUUAACACUCUCUUGCUUGAUCGAAAUCAACUCACUGGUGAACUUCCCUCAGAAAUAAUUUCAUGGAAAAGUUUAAGCAGCUUUGAUAUUUCUUAUAACCAGCUUUCUGGCUCAAUUCCAUCAGCUCUUGGCUCUUUGCCUGUCCUUAAUUAUCUUCAUUUGUCUAAUAAUCAGUUUUCUGGCCAACUCCCACCUGAAUUAGGCCGAUUACGAUUCACUUCACUCAACUUAUCCUCAACUAAGCUCACUGGGGAGAUCCCAGUUGGGCUUGAUAACAGUGCGUACAGUACUAGUUUUAUGAACACCCAUUUAUGUUCUGAUACCGGGAACUUAGAACUUCCGACUUGCUCGUUUAGCCAACGAAACCCGAAUUUGUCUUCCAAAUAUCUUGCUCUUAUCAUAGUCCUUGCUUUGGUUGCCUUCUUAGCAAUUGCAUACUUUGCUGUGUUCAUAAUCAAUGUAAUUAAGCAGAGAAAAAAUAAGCAAGAACUAGAAACAUGGGAACUUACCUCUUUCCACAGUCUAGACUUCACAGAAGAAAAAAUCGUUGCUAACUUAACUAAGAAGAAUAUGAUUGGGUCUGGAGGAUCCGGUGAAGUUUACCGGAUUCCCAUUAACCAAUCCGGGCGUGCUGUUGCAGUUAAGAGGCUAUGGAAAAACAGAAAAAUAAGUAACAAUUCAGAAAAGGAGUUCAUGGCUGAGGUCCAAAUUCUGGGUACAAUAAGGCAUCUCAACAUAGUGAAGUUACUUUGCUGUAUUUCGAGUAAAAGCUCGAAAUUGCUCGUGUAUGAAUACAUGGAGAAUCAAAGCCUGGAUAAAUGGAUCCGUGAUAGUGAAUCGCGACCCAUUACAUCAAUGAGUGGGUCAGUUCAAAAUGCAGUUUUGGAUUGGCCUACUAGAUUGAAAGUUGCAUUUGAUGCUGCUCAAGGAUUAAGUUAUAUGCACAACGAUUGUUCACUUCCCAUAGUUCAUAGGGAUGUGAAAUCCAGUAAUAUUUUGCUGGACUCCGAGUUUAACGCCAAGAUUGCUGAUUUUGGGUUAGCGAGGAUUUUGACUAAGGCACAAGGAGAACCUCAGACUGUCUCUUCUGUUGCUGGAUCUUUUGGUUAUAUGGCCCCAGAGUAUUGCUACACAACCAAGGUGAAUGAGAAGAUUGACAUCUACAGCUUUGGCGUAGUUCUUCUCGAGUUAGUGACAGGGAAAGAGCCACAUAUUGGAGACGAGCACACGAACCUUGCAGAGUGGGCUUGGAGACAUUACAGCCAGGGAUAUCCAAUUAAGGAUGUCCUUGAUAAGGAAGUGGAGGAGCCUUGCUAUUUGGAAGAGAUGAGCACUGUGUUCAUGAUAGGGUUGAUGUGCACUAACACAUUACCUGCUUCUAGGCCUUCAAUGAAGGAUGUUUUACAAUUGCUUCGACGACAUAGCACGCUAGAAGAUUAUGGAAGAGCCAAGGCAAAGCAUGAACGUGAUGUAUCCCCUCUUAUUGGGGGUGAGAAUUAUAUCUCUAGUUGUGGAAAUAGCAAGCGAGUCAGGGGAGUAGAAGCAGAUAAGUAUGACAUGGUCUAAAGUCUAAACAUGGAGGAAUCGGCAUAGCAUCUUUUUCGCUUGUGUGAAAUCACUAAGAGAGUGUGUGCAGCUUCAAGUUGAACCAGUUAUAACAAACUAUGCACUUCAUGCUGAACUAUUAGCAAUUUGGAGUGUCACAAAGGAGGCUCGAUCACAAAGCAGGGCUACUAUCAUUUGACGGAUUCAUUAGACGCAGUGAGGGAAGUAUAAGAAGAUAAGUAUGACAUGGUCUGAAUCUGUAUCUACAAGUAACAAGAUAGUGUGUUUUCUUCAUGUAAAUACGUUUCCUCCUCGCAUGAGGCGGAUCCGGGGGUGGCCUACCCGGGCUAUGGCCCAUCCCAUCCUGAAAUUAAGAAAGAUUGGAUACUAAUAGCUUUGAUAGAGGAGAUGGUAGAACUUAGAAGUGCUAGAUUAACAAUGGUAAGGUCACAACUCACAGAUUGAACUUUAGCGAAGUCAAUAUGUUGGCCUCUUUUGCUUUCUAUUACAGUAGUUUCUUUCUUUUUUGUAAAUUUUUUCCUUUGAUUUAGCCAUUUAGGUUCUCAAGUUGUGUAACAUCUUCUCCACAUAUGAUAUAAAUAUCUAAACUUCUUUA